AUGGACGGUCCACUAACCUGUCCACCAGCUGCUGCGCCUGAGACUGCUUCUAAGCCUUCGUCAGCAGCUCCAGCAGAAGCAGCUGCAGAUGCUGCAGCAGCUGCAGAUGCUGCAGCAGCUGCAGACGCUGCAGCAGCAGCAGACGCUGCAGCAGCAGAUGCGGCAGCAGCAGCAGCAGCAGCCGAUGGGGGCAGCGGCGUUGCCUCUGCUGCCCCGCUGCUGCUGCCUCCUGCUCCGCUGGAAGCAGCAGCGCCUUCAACAAAUGGGGCUUCCCCAGCACCAUCAGUAACAGUGGCAGCAGCUGCAGCAGCCGAUGUUGCAGCAACAGCCGCUGCAGCAGCAGCAGCAAAGGCGACCACCUUACCCCUCGUCGCCCGUGUCCUUGGCUUUGAAGACCUCGCACUACAAAAUCAGCAGCAGCAGCAGAAGAAGAAGCAAGAGCAGCAGCAGCAGCAGCAGCAGCAACAGCAAAAAGACGUGCUGCGGGAGACGGCGGCGCCUGCAGGCAGCAGCGGCUUGGCCGCAGCCACCAGCAACGCUGGGCCGCCGCAGCAGCAGCAGCAGCAGCUUGCCAGCAGCAGCAGUAAACCCAAGUCUGCUGCAGCAAGGAGGUUUAAAUACUUGGGCUCCUGGCGCCCUUACACAGAAGAUGGCAAACGCCCAUCGGUGGACCCCAGCAGCAGCAGCAGCAGCAGCAGCAGCAGCAACAGCAGCAGCAGCAAAGCGGUGCCACCAGAGAAGCAGCAGCAGCAGCAGCAACAGCAGCAGCAGCUGCCGCCGCUGCGUAGGAUGGGCGUCUCUAUACCUGCUCCUGUGUGCCCUCUAAAUGGCUGCAGCAACUGCACCGAAUGCUUGCGUGUGAAGCUUUUGCUGCAUUACAACAGCAGCAGCAGCAGCAGCAGCAACAGCAGCAGCAGCAACGGGCCUUCAAAGCAGUCAGCUUCUGGUGGCAUGCUGCACAGUCCAACGUUGAACUCUCUCUUUGAGAGCGCAGCCCCGAGCAAGCCCAGCAGCAGCAGCAGCAGCAGCAGCAGCGCCACAGACGAGGGCGCAGCAGGUAGCGGCGGAGGGGGGAGCCUUGUUGCAGUGCAGCAGCAAGGCCUGGUUUGCUGCAGCGCAGCUACAGUGCAGCAGAUUCCUGCUGCUUAUAAGCCUUUGAUUUCUCUGCGCAUUUCUCAAUGCGGCUUGAGAUUUUUGCUGCCGCAGGAGCCUCCUGCUGCUUGCUGCUGCUUCAGGGAAGGCGGCUGCAGCAGCAGCGAGAGCCGCUGCUGCUGCUGCACUGCGCCCCGCACAAGCAGCAGCAGCAGCAGCAGCAGCGGGGCUGCGAGUUGCUGCUGCUCUUGCGCGGCAGACGGCCAGCCAGAAGCACUGCCGCUGCAUCCUACGGUCGAGCCCUCCUUCUUUUGCUGCUUGCAGCAGCUGCAGCAACUGGACCUCCGCAACAACAACUUAGAGGCGAUUCCUUCUCACCUACAUUUGCUGCAGCAGCUGCAGCAGCUGCUGCUAGACGGCAACCGUUUGCUGCUGCUGCCUCCCUGCAUCUGGCGGCUGCCCCGCCUCCAGCUGCUGUCAGCAACUUCGAACUUUAUCGAGCACAUUUGUCCUCCUCACCAGCAGCAGCAGCAGCAGCAGCAGCUCAAUGGGGAGCAGCUGCUGCAGCAGCAGUCGCAGCUCAAGGAGCUCAGGCUGACGUCAAAUGCACUGGACUCGCUCCUUUUCUUUGCUGCUGGGUGCCACGCAGGCAGCAUGCAGCAGCAGCAGCAGCAGCAGCAGGCAGCUGCAGCAGACUGGAGCUGGCUCUGCGGGCGCGCUCCAGCAGCAGCGGGAGCUGCGGCCCAGAAAGCAAAAGCAGCCCCAGCAGCAGCAGCAGCAGCAGCAGCAGCUGGAGCGGCGGGCGCAGCGGAGGCUGGAGCCCCAGCAACAGCAGCAGCAGCAGCAGCAGCACAAGCAGAUGAGGGGGACAUUUACUUUCGCUGCGUUGCUGCAGUGCAGCUGGAGUGCAACCCCUACACCCGGCUGCCUCUGUGUCUUUACCGUCUUGCUGCUGUGCUGCAGUCGUUGGCUUUAGACUGGUGUGCUUAUUUGCUGCCAGAGGGCCGCGUGCCGCAGCGGCUGCUGCAGGGGCAGCAGCUGCUGCUGCUGCUGCAGCUGCUGCAGCGCAUCCACCACUGGCUGCUGCAGCAGGGCGAGCAGCGGGCACCAAGAGACGCCUACUUCCUCAGCAGCUUCUGCUGCACCCGCUGCGGCAGCAGACGCGCAUCAGGCGCUGCAGCGUGCUGCAGCAACUGCGGCGCUCCCCGCAGCAGCAGCAGCAAAGACUCGCCAAUUCGGGUCUGCUGCGCAGGCAUUUCUUUUUCAGAGUUCAUGUACUUUGCUUCCAGGCCCCCAGAGAACUGGAAGCUGGAGGACUUGACGCCGCAGCAGAAAAGCCUCAGGAGCAGCAGCACGAGCAACAGCAGCAGCAGCAUUAGCUUCACCAGCAGCGGCAGUUUCUUCAGCAGCAACGAAUUCAACGGCAGCAGCAGAGGCAGCAGCUGGAACUGUCCAGCGGAAAUGAGCGACUACAGCGACAGCUCCGCAAGCAGCAGCGAUGAGGGCAGCAGCAGCAGCGGCUCCAGCAGCAGCAGUAGCAGCAGCAGCAGCAGCAGCAGAAGGCGCAGGGUGCUGUCCCUCGCAGCUGCCUUUGCUGCUUCUCCUUCGCCUACAGGCCGCAGCCGCUUCGUCCGAGCAGCAAAACAGGGGGACGAGGGUGUGCUGCAUGCUUUGCUUUCGGAGUGGAGAAAGGGGCUCUUUGUCGAAGAUGGUCAAGAAACUUCGCCGCUUUUAACAGCAGUGAGGGAAGCGCAGCAAAAUGCAGCAGCAGUUUUGCUGCUGCAUGCAUUCGCGCUGCAGCGCAAGGCAGCCAAGCGGCUGCAGCACAUUCACGGCAGGCUGCUGCAGCUGGCGAGCCCCCAGAGCAGCAGCAGCAGUAGCAGCAACCGCAGCAGCCGCGGCAGCAGCAGGGCCCUCAGCAGCAAGGAGCAGCAAACGGCGCUGCUGAAAGACGCUAGGAGGCAGCAGCAGCUGCUGCACCGGCUGCUGCUGCUGCUGCGGCGGCUGCACCCCUUUGGCUCUCUCAUGCAUGUUGCUGUCGCCAACUGCGAUGUGGGAAUGUGUUCUCUUCUGCUCCACUGCGGAGCGGACCCAGGAGUUCGAGAUGAGGACGGCAACAGCGCGCUGCAUGUGCUGUUCUCCGUGUGCAGCCGCGGCUGCAGCAUGCAGCAGCAGCAGCAGCAGCAUUCGCCUGGUGGCCCGGGUGGCAGCGGCUACGGCGGAGCUGCUGCAGCAGUGGCAGCAGCUGCAGCAGCAAUAGAAGCUGCAGCAGCAGCAGCAGCAGCAGCACAGCACGAGUCUGGAGAACAGAUGUACAAACGGGCCCGCAGCUCUUUAGCAGCAGUUUAUGGGCUGCCGCUGCCCCGAGUAGUAGAAGUGGCUUUGCUGCUGCUGCUGCACCCCAAAGGGCUCGACAUUUCUGCUGCCCGCGAGCAGCAGCAGCUGCGAAACCGCCUGCUGCUGCAGCAGCGCGGCUUGUUCCUGCUGCAGCAACACAAGCAGCAGCUGGCACUCGUUUGCGAUGCAGACAACAGCAGCAGCAGCAGCAGAAGUAGCAAGAUGGGGGGCUCGAAGCGGCGAGCUGCGGCGCCUUCCGCAGCAGCCGCUGCAGGCACAGCAGCAGCAGCAGCAGCUGCCACAGCAGCAGCAGCAGCAGCAGCAGCAGCAAACGACGCCCUGUCUAUCUGCGCCUCCGCAAGAGCCAAUGCCUUCAAUGGGGGCUUUUGGGCCCCGCUGCACUUAGCAGCAAAAACAGCAGCACCUGAGUGUUUGCUGCUGUGCAGCCUUUUGAGGGUUUUGGCUCCUGCUGCAUGCAUCGCAGGUAGCUGCGUGCAUGCGGAGCCUGCUGCUGCGCUCUCGCCCCUCUGUCCUGUUGGUGCUGCUGCUACUGCUGCUGCUGCUGGCGGCGACCCUUCGUGCGGCCUCGCAGCAGCAGACGCCGCGCAGCAGCAAACGCCAGCAGCAGCAACGGAAGCAGGAGCAGCUGCAGCACAGGCGCAUGCAGCUGCAGCAAAUGCUGCCUUGCCACAAAAAGGGACACGCCAAGCAGCAGCAGCAGCAGCAGCAGCAGCAGGUGCACACGCCGGUGCUGAUGAGGCGCUGGAGGUGCUGCUGACGGCGCUCGGGAGGCUCCCUAUACCGGGCAGCAGCAGCAACAGCAGCAGCAGCAGCAGCAGCAGAGCAGCAGCACUAGCCUCCUCGCUGCGGAUCUGCAGAUGGACCUUUGACGUGAAUAUCAGAGGGGGCUCUAAUUGGUGGUCGCCGCUGCACCUUGCCGCAUAUGGCGGCGAUGUGAGCUGCGUGCAGCAGCUGCUGGCCAUGGGCUGCUCGCCCUCAGCUGUUUCCCGCAUGCGCCGCAGCCCCUGGGCAACAGCUCGGGGCCCGAAGCAGCGCUGCAUUCAGCUGCUGCUGCGGCUGCGGCAGCAGCAAAACUCCUGGCGCCUUCUGUGUGACAGCAGCAGCAGCAGCAGCAGCUGCAGCUGCAGCGGCAGUGGGUGGGUUGGGGCCUUCGCUUCCAGGCACCUUGCCUGCUCUGCGGGGGCUGCUUCCCAGGCGCAGCAGUCUGCUGCUGCUGCGCUGCUGCAGGGCCAGCAGCAACAGCAGGAAGACGGAGGGAAAGGGAUACAACAGGAGCAGCAGAAACAGCGCGAGAAGCGCCAGCAGGAGCAGCAGCAGGAGCAGAAGCAGCAACACCAAGCGCAGCAGAAACAGGGGCAGCAGCAGGAGCAGGAGCAGCAGCAACAACAACGGCAGGAACACCAGCAGGAACAGCAGCAGGACCAGCAGCAGCAGCAGCAGCAGCAGCAGCAACAGCAGCAAGAACCGCAGCCAACUGAGGAGCUGGUGACGGACUUCGACCAACAGCAGAACGCUUGGAGCGCAGCGGACCCUCUCUACCCUCCAGAUGCAGUUGCAGCAGCAGUCUUUUCGGCUGUGGGGCUGCUGCAGCCGACGAGUGCUGCUGCAGCAGCUGCUGCAGCUGCUGCCUCUGCUCUGGGGCUUAUUGAGACGCACGUCAGUAGCAGCAGCUUCCUCAGGUGCAGCAAGGAGGUCGAGCAGCAGCUGCUGAUGCGGCAGGCCUUGCGUGUUGCUGCUGCUGCUGCUGUUGAAGGUCCCCCUUGCCGCCUGCACGCUCUGCUGCAGCACGCGCACUUCCCCAUUCCUGCUGCUUUGUUGCCGUUUGCUGCUGCUGCUGACAUCCCCCACAUUGCAGCAGCGCUGCUGCCUCUGUGCGCUGUUGCUGCUGCUGCUGCUGCUGUGCGCGAACUCGGAGCCCCAAACGAAGCAGCUGCUGCUGCAGUGGCCGUUUACAGUAUGCGAGGCAGCAGCAGCACGACAAGCCGCAGCAGCGGGGACAGUGCCUGCAGCGUCGAUAGCAGCAGCAGCAGCGGCAGCAGCAGCAGCAGCAGUAGCCGGCCUCAGAAAAAAAGGACAAGUGCUGCUUCCUCUGCAGCCUACUGGGAUAUUCGCGCCCGGAGAUCUGCAGCAGAAGCAGCAGCAGCAGCAGCAGGCACUAGGGAGCCAGAUAUGGAGCUGCUGCAGCAGCACGGCUGGAUGUACACCUCGCUGCUGCUUGCUGCUGCUGCGCAUGCAGACGAGCCCAUCUGCCGCUGCAUUCUCGGCUCCUUAAGUUUAGGUUUGUUCGCUGUGCCGCUGCUGCUGCUUCUGCUGCAGCAGCAGCAGCAGGAGCCACUGGCGCAUGUGCUGCUGAUCUUAGUGCUGCUACGUGAGCUUUUGCUGCCUCCACGAACCCGUUUCGUUGCACUGCGUGUCUUUGCUGCUGCUGCUGCUGCUGCUGCUGCUACUGCUGCUGCUGCUGCUGCUGCUGCUGCUGCUGCUGCAGCUGAUCGCCUUCGCGCCCUCAAACAGCGCGGCGCCUCCCAGGGGGUGACAGUCUUCCUGGCCGCUACCAAAGGCACAACCCACCAGGGCUUCCACAAACCUGUGGCUCCUAGCAGCCGCACAGAUCUCGUCAGCUGGCUGCUGAGCUGCUUUGUUGCUACAAGAGCUCAGCUACAGCAGCAGCAGCAGCAGCAGCAGCAGCAGCAGCAGCAGCAGCGGGAGCAGCAGCAGGGGGCAAACGAAGAGCACGAACAGCAGCAGCAGCAGCAGAUGGAAGUGUCUAGUAGCAGCAAGCGACUGUGUUGCUGCUGCUGCUGCACCUCUGCAGCAGUUCGCCGGCAGCUGCUGCUGCGGGCAGACACCCGCGGCAGCUUCCCGCUGCUUGCUGCUGUGCAGCACGAGAGCAGCCCGGACAUGCUGCAGCAGCUGCUGCAGUUCUGUCGCAGCUGCAUGUACACAACUGAUGAAGGCAGCAGCAGCAGCAGCAGCAGGGCUCGUUGGGUCCCGGCUUGGCCGCAGGAUGCAAGCGAGAGCCCCCGCAUGCUAACUCAGGGCUACCAGGCCUCAGAGCUGCGGGCUUUGCUGCGCUGCGCCCGCGCGGCUCUGCAGCAGAAAAGACAUGAAGGGCUGCUUCACCUGCUAUACUUCAAGGCCCUGCUGCCCUCCUGUGCAAGCAGCAGCAGCAGCAGCAGUGGGAGCAGCAGCAGCAGCAGCAGCAGCAGCGGCAGCCACCCUCACGCGAGAGCCUCACAGCCUUGUUGCUUUCCCUUUUUGUGGGAGCAGCAGCAGCUGCAGCAGCAGCAGAUGCUGCAGCAGCAGCAGCAUGGUGUGCACCCACGCUUGCCUUCUGCUGCAGAGGCUGAGUUGCUGCUGCUACGCCUGCAGCUGCUGCUACUUGCUGCUGCAGCAGGCGACGCCCACGGCGUCUCGUUGCUGGUGAUUAGCGGCUUUGCUGAUGGCUGCGUCUUAAUUCAGGCGGCCCUGGUGCUGCUACUGUGCAGCGGGGCAGCAGCAGCAGCUGCUGCUGCAGCCGUGGCUGCUGCAACAGCUCCUGGUUCUGCUGCAGCAUACCCGAAGGCAGCAACUCAGCAGCUGAGCCAGAGCUUAAUAGUUGCUCAUGGACCUCUAAGCGGAGGCAGUGCCACCGCUGCUGUUCGUGCAGAAACAACAACAGCAGCAGCAGCAGUAACGGCAGCAGCAGCAGCAGCAGCAGGAGUACCAACAGCCACAACAGCACCCUGGGGUCCCUCCCGAGCUGCCCGAAGAGUCCGAAGGCUUGCGGCGCAGCUGUGGCGGUGGGCCAUAGCUGGAGGCUUCCCCGUGGCCCUGAUUGGAGCGCAGCAGCAGCAGCAGCAGCAGCAGCAGCACCAACAGCAGCAGAGCCAGAGGACGGGGGAGAACCAACAAUGGCAAGAUUCGGGGCCGCGGGAGUGCGCGCAGGCGCAGCCACAGCAGCAGCAGCAGCAACAGCAGCAGCAUCAGAAAGAGGAACUUGACAAGCAGCAAGGUAAUCAGCGGGCCCAGGAACAAGCGCCAGAGCAGCAGCAGCAGCAACAGGAGCAGCAGCAGCAGGAGCAGCUACAGAAGCAAAUUCUGCAGGCGGAAAGGCAGCAAGAAUCACUUUUCGAGGACCAGUGGUCCACUGCACUUCGGCAGCAGUCUGUGGGUUCAUCUCUCUAUGAUGCUUCUGAGCAGCAGCAGCAGCAGCAGCAGCAAUUCGACCAGCAGGACGCAUGCGACGAGUUCCUGAGCCCGCUGGAGGCUGAGGAGCCGCGGCAGGCGCAGCGUCUGGCGCGAGCAGCAGCAGCAGCAGCAGCAGGAGCAGCAGGAGCAGCAGCCCAUGGGGCUCAGCUGCUGAAGCUGCUGCGAAAGUGCGUGCUGCUGCUGCUGCAGUGCCUAAUAGCAGAAGCAGCAGCUCUGAAGAGCAGCGCGGGCAAGGCUUUCCCCGGGCCCCUGGACCCUAGCCCUGCAGCAAAACCCUGCAAACCCUCAGCUGUGGGGCCCCACAGCUGCUUGCUGCUCCUUUUGCUGCUCCUUUUGCUGCUCUUUUUGCUGCGCGCAGACAAAGAAAAGUCCCGGUCUCUCGGUGUGGCUCUCCAGGUGUACGUACACCGCGCGCUGGAGGGGCUGCAGCUGCUGCCGCAGCCGCCGCCGGCGGCCCCGGCAGCAGCUGCUGCAGCGCCUGCUGCAGCGCCUGCUGCAGAAGCGCCUGCAGCAGCAGCGCCUGCAGCAGCAGCUGCAGCAGCAGCAGGGGAGCCAGCAGCAGAGAGGACGCCAGCUGCCGCUGCGUUUGCCACAGCAGCGCUGCUGCUGCCCCCGCCUGCUGCCUUCAAGCUGCUGCCGCAGUACUCUGAAGCAGGGGGCCCCUCUGGGGCCCCCGAGGGGCCCCCUGGGGGCCCCGCUGGGGGGCACCCUGGGAGCCCCCCAGGGCCCCCAGAGGGCCUCGGGGGGCCCCCCGAGGGGGCCCGCUGCUGGCGCUGCAGCAGCUUCCUUGUGACAAGGCGGCUGCAGCAGCCCCGCCGGAUGAGCGACACUGCGGUGAUGCAGCAGCAGCUGCAGGGAGGGGAGCAGCAGCAGCGGCAGCAGCAGCGGCAACAUCAGCAGCAGCAGCAACAACGCACACAAGAAGCAGCCACUGCUGAGUCCCUCAGCACCUACGCAGGCAGCCCUUUCUUCUACUGCUGUAUUGCUCCUAACUUUGCUGCUAGCUUUGCUUCUGCUGCUGCGCUGCUGCAGGUCUUCGUCUGCGUGCGGGUGCUGCUGCUGCGGCUGCCGCCGGCGUCGCGGACUCCCGUGUGGCCCAUAGUUUUGACGGAGUUGAUUCGGGUGUUUUCGGGGGCCUUAGGGGGCCCCCCUCAGGCCCCGCUGCCAGCAGCAGCAGCAGCAGCAGGAGACACAGGCAGCCCCCAGAGAACGCCCCUGGCCCUCCUCUCCGCAGGCCUCAAAGUUGUCGAAGUGGCGACGUUGCUGAAUCUCCCGGACUUCACUUUGUACCGCUGGGUCUUUUUGGCUGAAGAUUCAGCAGCAGCAGCAAACCAGCAGCAGCAAGAGCAGCAGCAGCAGCAGGUUCAGCAGCAGCAGGAGGGCGACCUGAAAAAUGAGCAUGUGGAUACAGGGAGCCAUCAGCAGCAGUUUGCUGCUCCCAUUUUUGAGGAGGAGGUGCAGCAGCAGCACUGUGGAGACGCUGCAGCAGAAACAGCAGUGGCUGCUGCUGCUGCAGGUGCAGCUGUAGAGGCGGCCGCAGGGAAGCAUCUACAGCAAGCGGCUGAAGGUGGCCCCCAGGACUCUGCUGCAGCAGCAGCAACGGCAGAAACAGCAGCAGCAGCAGCAACAAAAACAGCAGCAGCAGCAGCAGCAGCAGAAGAUCGAAGCAGGAGCCUGGACUCCCAGUUGUCUCAAAGUCUGUCUUUUGAAGGCACCGCCACCCCUCCUCACGGCAGCCGCAGCAAGCCAGGCAGCAGCAGCAGCGGCAGCAGAAGCAGCAGCCGCAGCAGCAGCAGCCUGGCCCCUAGUGAGAUGUCUAUGGCCAACUCCUCAGCAGCCACAUUUCGGCCCUUUCUCAGCGUGCUUGCAAGCGAGUAUCAAUACCCGCAGCAGCACCAGCAGCAGGAGCAGCAGCAGCAACAGGAAAAGGAGGCCCACUCUUACGAAGCGGAUGUGUCGGAGCCUCGGAAAGGUUUUCUUAGCAGCAGCAGCAGCAAGAUAAGCAGCAACAGCCUUGCAGCAGCAGCGCGCCGGCUGAACGAGAGAGCAGCAGCAGAGCCAACUCACAAAGUUGACACAGACGGCGAAGAGAUCCGCAGAAGCAUAGAAGAUGACCUGCUGGAAGGCCCCGAGGAGCUGAGGGACCUUUGGUAUGAUUUGCCGCUGCAGCUGCUUUUGCAGCAGCAGUGGUGUCUGUACACCUCGGGCUUUGAGCUGCUGCUGCCAGCAGCAGCAGGGGCCCCGCAGGCGCCUUGCGAAGAGCCAGACGACAGCAGUCUUUAG